AUGCUAGGCGAUGGCGGAGAGACUCCUUCCAGGUAUGAGUUGUUGUCUAUGGUGAAGAAACACUCCAAUUUGUUAGGGAAAACUACAGUGGAAGAGGAAGAUGCAUCAGAUGUUGAAAUGGACUCCCGGUUUUGGCAUGAUGUGUUAGAUUUGUAUUUUAUUCGUGGUAAAGAAUCAAGGAGAAAGCAGGAUGAUGAUCUCGUCUUUUUCGUUAGAAAAAUGAGCACGCAAGGAUAUGGUUUCAAUGAUAAUGUAGAGUGUGCCGCUCCUUACUUUGUACGCAGGUGGGCACCUAAGUUGGAUAACUUAGUCAGUGAAAGUUCAGCAGAGGUGGACUGGAGGCGCUCGUUUUACUUGAAUUUGAUUGCACAUACAUCAUACACAGUAACCGUGGCAAUUUGCAGUCAACAAGUCCUUCGGAAUCAUCAAGCUGGGCAAGAUACACAAUUGUCUCCUAUAUAUAAGGUUGUAAAGACUGUUUAUGCAUCUCCAAGUCGUGUAAAUUUUCAUUUGGACUCCAAAAAGGAAGUAGAGACAACGCCUGCAUAUCCAGAUAUCUGUUUUGCAGUUGAUGAUUUCGACUCCACUUUUGAUGCAGUGGUCUUGACAGAAAGAGACCACUGCUAUUGUGUACUUCUCAAUGCACAUGAUGGGGCAGCAUUUCCUAGUGACAAAGGACUGCAUGAUGCCAGUUCUAGCAGUAAUUUCCCUCAGAAAAAUUAUACUGGUUCUGCAAAGGCAAAGAAUUCUAAGCUCACACUUUUCUCUGGAUUUGUAAGCUAUCAAAUGGUUCGAGAAGCAUAUGAUGCUGGCAAGUCUCGAUUUGGGAGUCUUCUUGGUCAUUCCCCUGGAAAAACAGACAAACUUUGCAUGAAAGGUCCCGGAGGGCGUGGGGAAGUUGAAGUAGCUGUUGCUGGUGUUGCAGAUCAAAGCCAGCAGGAUGUUGGCCCCUUUUCACCUGUUAUUUCAAAGAAAGGAUUUGGGAUUGGCUCAGUUUUUCGAAAAGCAGCAUCUGUUGCAUCUGUGGCUGCAAAGCAUGCAUAUGCAGCUGCUGCUGCCUCCACGUCUUCUGAUGAUGAGAUGUUGCCCCUCAAAUGCUGCUUAAUGUCCAUAUCAUUGCCCUGGGAAUAUAUUGUGUAUGAUCUUUUGUUCAAGGUAAAAUCAAUGUUUUUUAUGUUUGUUCCACAAUGA